UUGGUGUGCGUAGCAGAAACUCUGUGAACUCGGUUCAGAGAGGAAAAAAACCGGAGAAGAUAGAGUAAUAAAGAAAUUGCAUCUGAUUAUGACCAGAUUAAAACACUAUAACAUUGAUUUUAGUGGAAUUAUGUGAAAGAAUCUUUCUUUGAUCCCACAUCAGCAAUAGAAUGUCAAGUUUCACUCAGGGCCUCUUCGCAAGCAUGCGCCGGUGGAUGCCGCCGCAGGUGACUAGCGUGCGUUACAGAUACCACGCAGAAAAAGUGGCACGAGGACCUCUUCUCAGAAGAUACGGCUACAGAGAAUUGAUUGAUCAAAGAGGCACUUUGGCUCGGGAGAGUAAUGAGAGAAUUCGCGCGAUGCCGAUAUAUCGACCGAAAGAUUUCUGGUCCGAGAAGAGAGCUCUCUUUGGCCAAAAUGACUACAUAGACAUCCUGGGGAACGACAGUCUGCACCCGACGAGAAUUCUGUACAAUCUUCCGGUCUGGCUGAGAGGCGUCAGUGGCAACGAGUAUCAGGUCUUGGUUCGAAAACGAAAAAUGCUUCAGAGAGGCAUUUUCCCCCGUGCAAGACCCACCAAGUGGAAUGAGAUGCACAAACGUAUCAGAUAUUUGUACAAAUUCCUUAACCGGAAAACGAGAACUGGAAUGUGGGAAAAACACUAAUUCCAAACACUACACACUGCACUGUUAUUUGUAUUCUCUGUAAUAUUCUAAACUAAGAAUAAAAUUAUUAUCAUUAUUACUACUAUUUCCCGGCUACUAAAAA